AGCCUCAACGUGUUUCACCGGCGCCAUGGCCGACCUCUUUGAUGACGAGGGCGACAACGCGGGCUUGACCAUCUCCAAGACCUAUGCCGAGCGGUAUGAGGAGCGCAAGCGGGGUGAGGAGUUGAGUCUGCUCAAGGACAAGUAUGGUGAGGAUUUUGAUGAAGAGAGCAGCUCAGAGGAGGAGGACGACGACGCUGAAGGCGACACCCCCGGUCUGGAGCGGGAUUUCUUGCGCACCUUGUCCAUGAUCAAGGCCAAUGAUCCUCGCAUUUAUGAAUCGGAGGUACAGCUCUAUCAGACACCGGCAGAUGAUGAGGAGCCCAGCGACAAACCCCGCCAGCAAAAGCCCAUGACCCUGAAGGACCACGAACGUCGCCGCUUGCUGACCAAGGGCGAAAAGGCCUUUGUCAGCGAUGACGAAGAGGACGACGAGACCCCCGGCAACAACGACCCUUCAUACGUUGAGCGUCAAUCACAGCUUAAGCGCGCCUUCGCCGACGCCGCUGAAGGUCUGGGCGAGGAAGGCGCCGACGGCUUUCUCACCGAAAAGCAACUCACACCCGCCGAGCAGGAAGCUCGCGACCGCGCCUAUGAAGAGUGGCUGGAAAAGGAUGCCCCCGUGUUAGAGAAGGAAGUCCAGCAGGACUUGGAUCCGCUCAAGCGAUUCUGGACAGCUCCUGACCUCUCGGAGGGUGAUCGCUUCCUUCGUGAUUACAUUACAAAACGCAUGUGGAAGGGUGGCCUUUCUGCUCCCAACAACCAGGUCGACGACGAAGAUGAGGUGGUGGUGGAAGCGGCCGAGGAGUUUGAGCGUGAAUACAACUUUCGCUUCGAGGAAGAGGGUGCAAACGAGAUCAAGCGCUUUCCGCGCCGCAUCGAAACCUCCGUCCGUGAGCAACAGCAAGGGAACAAGCGCAAGCAGCAACGUGAUGCCAAAAAGGACCGUGUUGCCCAGGCGGCUGACGAGAAGAAAUCUGAGAUUCAGCGCCUCAAGGAGCUCAAAAGCCAGGAAAUUCGCAGCAAAAUGGAACAAAUCGCAGCUUCGGCUGGUGUCGACCCAGCGCUGCUGGCCAAUCUGGACGUGGAGGGCGAUUUCGAUCCGGAUCGAUUCGAGGAGCAGCUCGGGACCUUGUUCAAUGAUGACUACUAUGAGACGACUGACGCUGAUGGCAAGCCCAAGUUUGACGACAUCGACUUGGGUGACUAUGGAGAUGAGGAAGAUGACGACUUUGUCAUGGACGCUGAACACGUGCCCAGUCGCAAGGAGAAGAAAAAGCUGAAAAAGGAGAAGAAGCGUCUGAAAAAGCUGCAGCAGGAGCAAGCCAGCGGAGCUGCUGAAGCCAUGGCUGAAGAUCAGGAUGCCGAAGUGCAGGGAGAAGAACACAGCGCAACUGAGAACAAGAGCCUCGGCGAGCUGAUGGGCGAGUACAAGGACCUUGAGUUGGACGCGCUUUUGGGUCCGCAGGAGUAUCGCUUCAAGUACCGUGAAGUGGUUCCUAACGAUUUCGGAUUGACCGUGGAUGAGAUUUUGGCCGCUGACGACAAGGAACUGCGGCAGUGGGCGUCGAUGAAAAAGGUUGUCAAGUAUCGUGACCGAGCAAUGGAGUGGAAAGAUGUGCGAAAGUUCAAGAAGCGUGGUCAGGACAUGUCACGCAAGCUUCAGGUGCUCCCAUCGCUGCGCUCGUUGUACCAACAACCUGAGGCGGAAGAAGCGCUAUCAUCAAGCAACGAGCGCAACCACGGCGAGCAACACGAGCGCAAGAAAAAGGCCCGUCGUCAUCACAAGUCCAAGAAAGCCAAGCGAGCUGCCGAGGAUAACGCAAGUGAGAAUGCCGGGGACGCCCAGGAUGAGCAGGCAGACACGCCAGCCCAGAAGCGCUCCAAGGCCGACCCACCCGCAACUGCUGCGGCAGAGGAAGCCCAAAAAGAGCAGAAGGACAAGAAGAUUAAGAAUGAUAAGAAGGAUAAGAAGGAUAAGAAGGAUAAGAAGGGUAAGGAUGUUGGUGUGCCAGUGGAUCGCGCACGCCAGAAGCUGUACCAGGAGAUGCGCAGCAAGCGCAAGAGCAAGAAACCCACUGCGUAAAGUUCGCGCCUGCGUGAUCUGAGGACUUGGAGGCACCGUGUGUGUGACAUGAAUUUUACCAAUUAAUUCUCACAGCUCC